AUGUUUGGGCUCGGGAAAAAGCCGAAACCAGCCCGGGUGACUUUGCACAUCUAUGAUUUGGGCAAGCAGUUUGCUGGCGUGAAUAUGGUGUGCAAAGCCAUCGGCACUGGGGCAUUCCAUGCAGGCGUGGAAGUUUAUGACACUGAGUGGAGCUUUGGUGGCGGCUCGAACGGCAAGACCCACACGGGCAUUUUUCAUUGCCCGCCCAGAGGCUGUGACGCACAUUCCUAUCGCGAACCGGUCGACAUGGGCACCACGACCAUGACGAAGCAGGAUGUCAAACUGCUGAUCGAGAAAUUGAAACCGGAGUGGAAAGGAGAUGAUUACGACCUUUUGCGCAGAAAUUGUUGUCAUUUUUCUGAUGCUUUGUGCAUUUCUCUUGGAGUUGGGCCUCUUCCGGGCUGGGUGACGAGUUUGGCGGGUGUCGGGGCCAUGUUAAGGAGUCAGGUUAGGCUCGCCAUUGCUGCCCCAGCAGCUGUUGUGGACGGUGUCAUGGCCGUGGCCAAUAUCUUCAAUCAACAGCCACAGCCAGAGACCUUCGAAGCACCGGCGCCAGCCAAAGCAGGACAUGAGGGAUAUGGUCAGGCGCAUGGAUCUCCAGUGAGCCCUGCAUCGUCUGCCUCAAGGGCCUCCAGGGCUUCGCCAGAAGCUUUAAGGCCGAAUGCAGAUAGCUUCGCACCUGGCGAUCAAGUUGAAAUAUUCAGUCACUCACGUCAACAAUGGUGCACUGGCUAUGUCAAGCUCGUGGAAGAAAAUUGGUCUCCACCUUAUUUGGAAGCUGUGUUUUGGGUCGCUGCCUCCGACAUGGGCACUGGAGAAAUGUCGACCAAAAAGGUGCCAUUGGGGUCCAAGGACGUUCGCCGGCCGACCGUCUCUGAUGCAAAAGAUUCUGCGCCGGGAUCUUCCUCAUGGUCAGUUGGAGAAUGGGUGGACGUGUUCAGCCGGUCCAAUAAUAUGUGGUGCCCUGGCCGGAUCACCCAUAUCCAUCCAGACAAGGUGCGCGUUGCAUACCAAAUACCGGGGUCUCCAGCCGAUGAUUGGUUUGAGAAGGAGUUAGAGUCCCGCUCGCCGGAUCUUCGGAAAGCUGAGACAGAUCGGCCACAGGAAAAGCCGGCUGGCAAGCAACCCACCUGGAGUAGAGCUGAGGAGGUACACUACAGAGAGGCCUUCAACAAGCUUCUUCCCUUCUCCACUGGCAAAUCAACGCUGGAUUCCGAUCCCUUGGCUGAGUACUUAAAGACGUCCGGCUUGCCACGCAAGGUCUUGAAACAGAUUUGGAUUGCCUCUGUCACUUCAGCAACCGAAGCAGACUUCGACGGCUUUGGCCGAUGCUGCAGAUUGGUCGCGCAUUGCCAGGCUGCACUCGCGCACAAUGAUGCUGCAACGAUCGAGGUUAUGGAACAAGCCGGCGAGCAAUUGCGGCAACUUCUGUGGGAGAAGUUCCUAGACAAGGUGCCGACGCAGAUGCCCGAGUUUGGAAGGCCCAUGCGAUCAAGCCAAGCCGGUUGA